CUACAUCUCCUAUAGACGUUAGUACAGCUCGUAUCCCUUGCCAAGUCUACACUGUAAGAACAAACGAAUGAAAAAAGCAACAUUGCACAUUCAAAUUCACAUAUCCAUUACAGCACUAAUCAUGUUCCUUCUCAAGACAUGGAGAGCAUCUGCUUUUGGAGUUUAUGGGUACUUGAAUUUCACCAGAAAUGCGUUCUUGGAGCACUCCAAGAAAUUCCAACCAGAAGAUAUGCAAAUACGAAUAGAGGGGAAGAACUGCAUAGUCACAGGAGCAAAUUCUGGCAUUGGUUUUUCAACUGCUGAGGGUCUUGCAUCAUGUGGGGCAACUGUCUAUAUGGUUUGUCGUAACAAGGAGAGGGGAGAAGCUGCUCUUUCAAAGAUUCAAUCUUCAACAGGCAAUCCAAAUGUUCAUUUGGAGAUUUGUGAUCUUUCAUCCAUCAGCGAGAUCAAGUCCUUUGCAUCCAGAUUCUCUUCAAAGGAUGUUCCCGUUCAUGUUCUUUUGGAAACUUUAUAUAGACAGGUCAACAAUGCUGGUUUAAUGGAGCACAAACGAGUCACUACAUCUGAAGGAUUUGAGUUGAACUUUGCUGUAAAUGUAUUGGGCACUUAUGCCACAACGGAGUUAAUGUUGCCUUUGCUGGAGAAAGCUGCGCCUGAUGCUCGAGUCAUCACAGUUUCAUCUGGUGGAAUGUAUACUGCUUCCUUGACCAGUGACCUACAGUUUAGUGAUGGAAAAUUUGAUGGAGUAGAGCAAUACGCUAGGAACAAGCGAGUUCAGGUGGCACUAACAGAAAAGUGGGCUGAGAUGUACAAGCACAAAGGAAUUGGGUUUUACUCAAUGCACCCAGGUUGGGCUGAGACACCUGGAGUAGCUAAGAGUUUACCUGGUUUUAACAAAUCUUUUUCGGGAAAGCUCAGAACUAGUGAAGAGGGUGCAGACACAGUUAUAUGGUUGGGUUUACAGCCUAAAGAGAAACUGGUAUCUGGUGGUUUCUACUUUGAUAGAUCAGAAGCACCUAAACACUUGAAGUUAGCAGCUACUAGCCAUUCUCAUGCAAUAAUCGACUCCAUUGUCGACACUCUUCGUUCCAUAUUAGUCUCUCAUGAUUCUAAAAUUUAGCUCUCCAAUGCAAGUGAGCCAAAAUUGUUCUGUUCCAGGGACUCGCUUGCUGCCUCUUGCAGCUGCAUUAUGCUAGUAUAUACUUUCUUAUGCUAUUUUCGGAAGGACAAGCGGUUUCAUGUUAUAAUGCUUAUUUGAUGCUCCAAUUUCAUAUUGAAAAAAUAUGAGGAUGCAAUAUGACAUAAGUAGAGACUUAAAUUUAUAUUUGUGAAACGAUUUUUGUGACACAAAAUUGUAAGGAUAAUAUUUUACAAAUUAGAUGUAACUCUUUUCAGCUUCUACACGUAUCCUCUGGACUGCUUCACAAUGGGCACUAAGUUGUCCUUUCUUAUUAGAGAGCAGUUUUUCAUCAAAUCAUUUUGAAAGACUUUUAUUCCUUCACUCAAGGAAUAGGUCAACUCUGCAGCAUUUUGCUUAAGAAAUCAUCAAAUAUAUUUUUUUAAUGCAAAGAUUAUUUCCCAGGAAAUACACAAUGCCUUCUGCAAACUAUUCACACAUGGAAGCAAAUCCCAAGCCAUUCCCCAAAGCUUUAUGUUAUCUACGAA